CACGCUCUUGCUCAAACGCAACAGCACAUUCAGCGCAUGCGCACUGAAUCGUGUUCCUGACUGCAAUGUAAACCGGACCCUCUUUGAAUAAAAUAGAAAAAACUUUACGGAAUGAAAUUAAUUUCGAGUGGAGGAAAUGGAUAUUUAAAAACGGGAGAAAACGAAUAACAGUUCUUGAAGGCUGGAGCAGGAGUGGCUUUUUAAAGAGUGUUUUAUUCUUCUAUGGUGAGCGCGCGCUGUCAUGCAGGAAUAAAAUAACUGUGCGCUCCGUCCACGCGCGUCAACUGCAUUUUCUAGUACCGGAUUUGAUGUGUUCCCAUAACAACGACGUGCAGUACAAGAUAGGAAUGACAGGAGACAGCGAUCAUGCGACUUGGGUCCUCCAACUUUUCUGCAUCUCUCUCCUGACUUCAUUUGGGAAAGGAGAUACUGGGUCUUGCCAUGGAGCCUUUGAUUUAUAUUUUGUGUUGGAUCGGUCAGGUAGUGUGUCUGACAACUGGCUGGAGAUCUAUAGAUUUGUGGAACAACUUACUAAUCGUUUUGUAAGCCCGAAAAUGAGGGUGUCCUUCAUAGUGUUUUCCUCUAGUGCAGAAGUAGUGUUACCUCUCACUGGAGACAGGGCAGCUAUUGAUAAUGGUCUGCAAAAGCUGAGCGAGAUCAGACCUGCUGGUGAUACCUACAUGCAUGAGGGCUUUAUAAAGGCAUCAGAGCAAAUGGCUACCCAGGGAGCAAGAGCUUCUAGCAUCAUAAUUGCACUGACUGAUGGGAAGCUGGAGGUCUAUCUGCAUGACCUUGCUGUGAAAGAGGCUGAUCAGGCGAGGCAGUUUGGUGCACGGGUUUAUUGUGUUGGCGUGAAGGACUUUGAUGCAAACCAACUUAUAGAUAUUGCAGACAGCAAAGAUCAAGUGUUUCCUGUUGUGGAUGGAUUCCAUGCCCUCAAAAACAUCGUAAAUUCGAUUUUAAAGAAAUCCUGUGUAGAGAUUUUUAACCUUGAGCCCUCCAGCAUUUGCGUGAAUGAAUCGUUCAACAUUGUUUUGAGAGGAAGGGGCUUCACACAGGGAAGAACCUCAGAGGGUGUGGUCUGCACAUUAUCUGUCAAUCAACAGGAUCCUUACAAUGAGAGGGCGAGUAUAGUGAAGGAUAAUUAUGUGCUGUGUCCAGCUCCAGUACUGACCGAGGUUGGACACUCAGUCGACGUGCUCAUUAGCCUAAAUAAUGGCCAGUCUUUCAUUUCAAGUCCAAUCACAAUAUAUGCCACCACAUGUUCUGAUGGGAUAAUGAUGGUCAUUGUGAUCCUUGUGCUGCUGGUGCUUGUGGGUUUAAUUUUGCUCUGGUGGUUCUGGCCUCUCUGCUGCACUGUGGUAAUCAGGGAUCCACCCCCAUCUCGCCCUCCACCUCCACGCCCAAUACCUGAGCCUGAGAUGGACCCUCUGCCGAAGAAGAAAUGGCCUACAGUGGAUGCAUCUUAUUAUGGUGGCAGAGGGCCUGGUGGUAUUACACGCAUGGAGGUUCGCUGGGGUGAAAAGGGCUCUACAGAGGAAGGGGCGCGGUUAGCAAAAGCCAAAAAUGCUGUGGUCAAAAUGCCAGAGGAGGAGUUUGAAGAGCCUGUAAUAAGACCCCCACCCAGACCACCACCAAUAUAUCAGGCCCCAGUCCCAGACAAAUGGUACACUCCCAUUAAAAGUCGUUUUGAUGCUGUGUUAGCAUUGCUGCGUAGACAAUACGACAGAGUUGCUAUCAUGAGACCUACAGCAAAUGACAAGGGGCGCUGCAUCAAAUUCACCCGGGUUCAGAGUCAUUGACCAAACACAAUGUGUCACUUUAAAGCACGUUCAGACAACAUGGAUUGGGGAAUCCACACACAUAUGGAUACAGUAUGCAAAGCUGUACUUCUGAAUUGAAACUUUUGGAUUUUAAUUCUUACAUGUAUAAAUCUAUCCUGCUGAUUUUUCUGCAUGUCUUCGUAUAUGGUUGAAUUUACUGCUUUUAUAACACUUAUUUUUUUAAGGUUUUCUAGGUACAAAUCAAUACAGUGCCUUCUUGCAAGUGUAUUAUGAAUGGGUUUGUAAAGGAAAGAAAAUUUAAAUUAUUAUUUUUCAUUAUUAUUAGCAAAGAUGUUAAUUUUCCAGUUAAUUGGUAGAGAUGUAUAUUUAAAUAUUUGUUUUUAUUUUUUUAUUUAUAAUUCGAUUUCAAUAAAUCAAUUCGAAAUCAAUAGAUUACAUGAGUGAUAAUAUUUGUUAAUGGAUUAUGUGUGAUAAUAUUUGUUAAUGAUGUAAAUGGCAGUUAGAAUGCUUUCAAAUAAAUUAUAAUCCAGUUCACUUGUGAGAGUGUGAUUUAUGAUGUAAUAAAUGAUUUAUGAUGAAAUGUAAAAGCUUGUAAUGCCUUAAAAAUAAAAUGUAAAAUGGUU